AUGCUGGGUUACUUUUUCUCUCACUCACUCUCUUUUACCACUUCUUUCAUUACCACGUCUCUCACUCUUUCUCUUUCUCUCUCUCCGUGGUCAUAUUUUUGCUAUUUUCAUUUUUACUCGCUCUUAGUCUUUUUCUUCACUUUUAUGAUUCUCUCUCUCUCUCUCCCUCUCUCUAUCUAUCUAUCUAUCUCGACGUUUUUUACUCCUACUCACAUAAUACUCUCUCUCUCUUUUAUCUUUUAUUCCCAUUUCCUUUCUCACUCCUUAACACGCCAUACGUCUCUCUCGCUCUUUCUUGCUCUCUCUCACUCUCUCUCUAUCUCUCUAUCUCUCUGUAUCUGUCUAUCUACUUUUUAUCCUCACUUUUAUCGCUUUCUCUUUCUCACUCUCACCAUCUUUUAUCCGUACUUAAAUUUUUCAUUAUCUAUCUAUCUAUCUCUGGAUCUUUUAGCCUCAUUUUCUUCUCAGUGUUACUAUUGCGAUCUUUUAUCCCUAGUGCAUAUUUCGUUGCUCUCUCUCUCUCUCUCUCUCUCUCUCUCUCUCUCUCUCUCUCUCUCUCUCUCUCUCUUUCCUCUUCAUACACUUUCUCUCAUUAUCUAA